GUAACGUGACUUGCAAGAGUUUGCGUGGCAAUUUUAAUUGAACCAACUGUGACGACCAAUGACGGCUUUGCGUUUUAGUUUAUUGUAUGCUGUUUGUGAGCAGGUUUUGGCGCAGGUAACUCACUUGUUGACAACAAACCCAACGGUCCCCUUUGUCACCCUUGCGUCGUCGCUCUAACAACGUGCACGGUGGUUGUUGUUAGCAGCAGGUGUGCAGAGUGAGUUGGAGGGUCAGGAAACCAACACAUUUGGGGCAGGAUGAAUCAUGACGAGGUUUUGGCAAAGCUGAAGAAGGAUGUUCGUUCCUUGCUCAUUUCCUCAAAGAUGGGCUUGGACCCCGAUCGGCUCAGGCGAGACUAUAUCGCUAUGUUGGGGCAUCCCAUGCCCCUGAAAUUCCUGGGCUUCAGACACAUCAUGGAUAUGGUGAAGGAGAUGCCUGACGUGGCGUCUGUUAACUUCAGGGGAGAUGGCAGCACAUUUUUAAAGGCUGUUGGCAAUGAUUCCACCCGAAACAUUGAGAAGUUGGUAGCUAAUCAGCGCUGGCCCAAGACUGGGAGGGGAGGUGUCAGCUACUUCUCACCCCGCUACCGUCACCUGUCCCCUGCUGUGGUCCUCCCCAGAAGAGGUCAUGCUCCUCCGGCUGCCCCUGUCCAGCUCAGGGCACAGCUUUGCAUAAUGCUCUCCCAGGGUCCACUCAGGUUGUCUGACCUGGAGUCCAGCUUCCUUCGUUGCUUCGGCCACCCGCUGCGUGUCCACAACUACGGCUUCUACUCCACUGGGGAGAUGCUGGAGGCAUUAGCGGACCUAGUCCUUAUUCAGCAGGGAAGGCUGGGAUCAGUUCUGACCUUGAAGGAACAUGAGCUGUCCAGGCCGCUGCUCAGACUAACCAGCUCACCAAGGACUAGACCCAUAAAGUCAGAAUUGCCUAGAACUGUCAAGUCAGACGCCAAAGUGCCAGACACCAGAACUCAGACGCCAACAAAAAUCUCAGUCCCAAUCAAGCAAAGUCCUGUGAACCAGCCAGCCACUGAGCCUACCAUAAGCCCUGUCCAUAAUGAGUCAACAACUGCUAACAAGCCACAGGUAGUUGAGAAGAACCAGGAAGUGAAGCCAGAGCAGUGUCAGGAAGGUCAGCUCUUUCAGAAACGUGUUCUUGAGCUGGAGGAGGCGUUUCGCCAGCGAAUCCUGGAGAAUGGAGUAGCUGGCACGAUAAGUCCGGAGCUGAAGGACAAGCUACAAGAGGUUGUAGGUCAGACCAGUGGUGGAUUGUCGGUGCACGAUCUGCCUGCUGAGUACAAGAGGCUUUUUGGUGAGGAACUCCCGCUCCAACAAAGCGGCUUUGUCAGUGUUACCGAACUGGUCAGUGCCAUGAGUGACACCUUCCACCUGAAACCUGUACUGAGUGACAUUGGGCAACACUGGAUAGUCAUGGACAUACAGGACAGUGGAAAUACACUAUCAGACUCAAAGGUGACUGAGUGGUCUGAUGACAGUCAGACGCUGCCAGCUACAAGCUACUAUAUCAGCUGUGGCGAGUCUCCUUGGGAAGGAAACCUGGAAGGAGACGAUAACGACACAGCAGUUGAUGAGACUGAGGAGCUGAAGACCAGUAACAAUGUCAAGACCCAUGAAUUGAUGUACCCUGCCAUUCAGCUGCAUUGCAGCACUGCGGUGCCCCUGGAUGCUCUGCAGAGUCAACGUCUUAAACUGCCGACACGCCAUAGUGCCCGAGAGCUGUUAGAAGUCCUGGUGGAACAUGUGGAGUCGCCUGGACAUUUCUACGUCCGCUUCAGCGAGACUGAGGAGGCCCGCGCUAUGGAGGACAUGAUAAUUGAGAUGAGACGAUGCUACACCUGUCCUGAGGUGUCAGAGCAUUACCGCCUCCCUGAGCGAUUUAUCCGACCAGGUCAAGUCUGCUGUGUGUCACCCAAAGGAAUGUGGUUCUACCGGGUGGUGAUCCAUCAGAUCAUCAGCCCCACCGAGGUUGAGGUGUACUAUGUUGACUUUGGUGAUAUGAUCGUGGUACAGAGCGCCAACCUCACGUUCCUCAAGUCUUGUUAUUCGGUUCUUCCAGCACAAGCUGUGCCGUCAUCACUCGCUGGUAUUAAACCCACCACUGGCAGCUGGACUGCUGAGGCCAGGGCUUCUUUCCAGAAGCUGUACUCCGAUCGCACCCUGGUGGGCGCUUUGGAUUGUUACACUGGAGAUGUGCUUCAGCUCUACCUGUGUGACACACAUACUGAUCAGGACAUCUACGUCCACACUGUCCUGCUGAGACAGGGUCACGGGACAGCCUGCGGGCAUACGGCCAGUGCAGCGCUGUGUGUUCAUGUCGGCCCAGUGAGUCUCUACCUGGGGGAGGGAAUGGUUGACCUGCCAGAAGUAGAAGAGGUGGUCACCUUUUCACCAAAGCAAGCAAACAUUCGUGGACAGUCACUGAAGGUAUUCCCCCGUUGUGUAACAGGAUCUGUCUUGAUGUCUCAGGUUGGAGACCGAGAGAUGCCCGACCUGGAGUUGAUUGAGGACAAUGGGGCCAGCGCCUAUCACCAGGUUAUGGACGCCAACCCAUUCAAUGCUCUGCUAAAUGGUCAAGCCUUCAGCUACAGUGAAAUGGAAUGGCCCUUGGCCAACCAUUCGCCUCCCACCAGCCCUUCCUGUUUGACCCGCAGCCCUCUCACUCCUCCAGAUCUGAUUCAGACUCAGAUGACACCAGCUCAUUGUAACGCUGAUCUUGAAACACUGACUCCUCCACCAACUCCAUCCAGCGUCACUUCCAGGUCCAGGUGUCCAACACCAAAAGAGGAGCAACACCAGCACAAGGUCGCUGCCCCCUCGUUGGACAGGCCACCUCCAAUUCUGAGGACCGUGAGACUCCACACCCCUGAUCUCGGCCAAAUUCAUGACUACACUCACGGUGUACCAGUCUCUCCGAUCUACCGGAAAAACUCUGGCAUCCGGUUUCCUUUGUUUGGUGCCAGGCAGGUCGGGCCUCCUACAUCCAACCCAACCGCCUGAAUGAGUCAAAC